CGAUUUGGCCGUGAAACGGUUCGGUCCUCCGUGUUUUACUCACACAGGGUGCCUCUGUUGCGCGGGUCCGGUGUUGGCCAAAGUCAAGACGGAGCUUAAUGCAGACAUGACCUGUUUCUCAUACUGAGCGCUGAACGGGGCAUUCAGGUGAUGUAUCACCCUCCUGGCCCUUCGCGAACCUCUCCACCAUCUUCCUCUUCUUGAGCGCAAUCCGUUUUCCACAUCUGCCGGUUUCAGGGGAUGUCCACGCGGACAAUUGGCCCUCGGACUUCAAUUGGCCAGUCAACCAGCUUGUCGAGCUGCGGUGUAUGGACACAUGAGAGUCUUGCUCGUCGCGACAUCGUUGUACCUUGUCGGCUGCACUACUGGACAUCCGAGUCCCUUUCCCCUCAUCAGCCUUGUCUCCUUGUGUGUUGACCAGCAAGUUAGCGUUGCGGUUCUUGGUCACCUCAAUCUUGCCCGAGGCCGUCUCUCAUUGGUCGAUCUUACCGGGAUAACUUCAUUCCGUCGACUAACGGUCCGACGCUACUUCGUUUACGGUUUGUCCGCACGCAUUUCAACUCUGGAUCGGCUCGUUUUCUGGUUCGGUGACCGCUCUGCUGGCUUCCAGGCCUUCCUUACACGCCGUUGCGGGGGUCACCUGAUUUUUUAUGCAUGCUCCUGCUCCACGCGCCGUCCGCAGUCGGUGCCUUGCCAUGCCCAAAUGUUUUCUAUACGUACCAGUGCGAACCGCGAGUGCGGUAGCCGCAGAUCCUUCGGAUCGCCUGUGCUUCACAGAGGGCAGGCGCGCUGAUAUGCGUGUCUUGUUCCUAGAUUCCCAGGUUAGGGGCAGAAGCGGGCACUCUCAUGCGUCCUAUUAAUCGACCCUCGGCACCAUGCUCGUCUUUGACUCUUCCAUGCUGGCACCUUUGCCCCAGGUGUAUUCCGAAAUAGCCCAUUAACUCCCAGGGGUACGGCUGUUUCGUGCACCUCUGAUGCAAAAAGUUGACGGUGGAUUUGUCCUUCACAGAACUGUCAUCAACGCCAUCUUCACAACGGAGCUCUUAUCCCCAAGAUUCGGGUUUAUCCUCGACCUUUCUUCGCCAGAACGCACUUACGACAUCUCUCCUUCCCCCCAUUGUCUUUUGUUUCCCCCUGCUUCACCCCCCAACCCCCCCUCUUGGGUAUGUUGAACGGGGUCUGUACCCAAGACGCCGUCAUGCCCGAGUGACAAUGACGAGACUUCACUGCACCCGCGAGCAGAGCAGUGGCUUUUGUGGCUGUCUGUAUCACGUCUUUUUUCGUCCUCGAUGCUGCAGCCUCCUGCACGCGAGAACACCCUGUUCGGCGCGUUCUGACAUGGCUGCCAGGACUUCGGUGGCGCCUGGUUAAUACGCCUUCAUCGUCUGUUCUUCCGCCGAGACUUUUUCGCGGCGGUCGGCCGCUGGUCGCCACUAAGCACUCUCCGCCACAGUCCCUGCGAGUCGCCCCAGCUGCCCUCCCUCAUCGACAAUGGCUCUUCAGCCGUACGCACCCAUCGGCGCAAUGGCCGUGCAGAACUCCGCCGGGGUUCCUGAUUUGUACGUGCCGAAUCUUGCUGCGGAAGACCAAGAAGUGGCAGCGAACCGGAUUGCUCGCUUCGGUCCCGCGAGUGUGAAACGCGUUGCACUUGGCCUGUACCACACCCUCGUGGUCGGCCUCAAAGGCGACCAGCCUCAACUGUUUGGGUGGGGGAAGAACUACAGCAACGUCCUAGGCAUGGGGGUGGAGAUUCGCGAGCGGGUGUUUCCCGGCCUUGUGCCCUUCUUCAGCAAAAUGGGAACCUUUGAGGUCAGCUGCGGGACAAAUAACUCGGCAGUUCUGGUCAAGCGCGCGCAGCAGCCUGGCGGGAAGGUCUAUACCUUCGGCCUGGGGAACCGAGGCCGGCUGGGGUAUCCUAAAAACAAGGCUGACGGCGUUGCCGGCUACCAAGGCGAUUUUUCGGGAGACGGCCAAGAAGAUGGCCCGUCCUGGUUCACACCUAAGCCAUCGAGAGUCCGAUUUCGUGACAAAUGCAAGAUUGCGCGAAUCUCCUGUGGCGCCGACCACACACUGGCGCUGUCUGAUGAAGGCGCCUUGUACGCCUGGGGGGUUGGGUCGUACGGAAACCUUGGACAAGGCGACACCUCCGACUCGUACACGCCGGUCAGGGUCUAUUUGGGCUCUGAGGCGGGGUCCGGGAAAAAGAAGGAAAAUGUGGGGGUUGGAAAAGUCCGGGCAGACCCUGUUAUCGUCACUUGCUGCUCAGCAGGCGCGAAACACAGCAUGGCCUGCACAAGUGACGGGACAUUGUGGACGUGGGGGCAUGGCGGGAAUGGGCGGCUUGGGCUCGGUCACAAUCGAGGCAGCCUCUCUCCAGCAGUUGUGGACUACAUUCUGGAUCGGGACAUUGUCUUUGUGAACGCUGGAGAUUCUCACAGUGCAUGCAUCGACCGGCAAGGCGUGCUGUACACGUGGGGCAGCGGCGGCUUUGGGCGCCUCGGCCACGGGGACCAAGGCGAAAUCCCCGUCCCUCGGAAGGUUGAAGGGUUCGGAGGAGUGCCUGUGCUUCAGGUUGCAUGCGGCACGUUCCACACCCUGGCGUUGACUCACAAAGGGACAGUGUUUGCGUGGGGGGCGGGACUGGCCCUUGGGUUCGGCGAGGGCGAGGACGGAAGCGGAGGGAUGGUGGCGGUGCCGAAGCACUUAAGCGACAUCGAGGCAGCCGUGCUAAACAUCGCGGCAGGGCCUUACCACUCCGCAGCCGUAACUGUCGGCGGCGACCUCCUCGUCUGGGGAGUCGGCGGCUCUUCCAGGCUCGGACACGGAGACCAACAGAACCAGCCAUUUCCCAAGUACGUGGCUGAUUUGAGGAAUCGGAUGUACGUGUCGGAUCUCCAGUCGAUGCUCGGCGUGAGUCGACUGAAACGCGAAUACUCGGACUUGGACGUUUUGGACGUGCCGGGGACCUCAGGCACCAAUCAGUCCUCCUGGACUCUUCAAAGUUUGGAGUGCGGCGAAAGCCACACGAUCGCGCUCACGGGCGCCGGAGCCGUGUGGGUGUGGGGAUCCAACGACGACGGCCAACUCGGACUCGGCGAAGACGUCGAAGAAGACCAGUACGAGCCCGUGAAGCUUGAGUGUUUCAGCACUCCCAUUCGUCGAAUUGCAUGCGGCAGCAAACACUGUCUCGCCGUUGCUCAGUAUGGAGACGUUUUCGCCUGGGGCGCCAACGACAACGGCCAGCUCGGUCUCGGAGUGGUAAGGCCAUCGUUCGAGCCAGCGGCUGUGACAGCUCUUCGCCAGGCGGUUGAUGUGUUUUGCGGGGACGACUACAGCGCAUGCAUCACGAGCUUGGGGGGCGCGCAAAGUGUCUCUGGCGAGACAGGGACCGAGUUCGGAGAUCUCUGGGCGUGGGGAGCCGCAGAAAGUGGAAAACUCGGCCUGGGCGAAGACGUCGCCUCCGGAUCGAUUCUGACGCCCCAGAAAGUCGUUUUCUCCGUCCCCGUCUGUGCCUGCUCCUUAGGCACGAGUCACUCUUUGGCGAUCACAGCUCAGGGCGAGUGUUACGCGUGGGGUGCAGGGUACUACGGGCGUCUCGGAAUAGGCACUACAGCGAAUGCGUACACGCCGACAAGGUGCGACUUUCCGAAGGGAGUUCGCCUUCGGAGCGUGGCGGCGGGCGCUUGUCACUCGCUAGCCUUGUCGAUGGACGGAGAUCUCUGGUUUUGGGGAAGAAGAGAAGAUACAUGCAGCACGACAAAUUACAUGUCUCCGAGGAUCUUCAUGCAACUCGAGGGACAAGGAGGCGUCCCGAAGGUGAAGAGCAUCUCUGCAUCUGAACGCCACAGCCUCGCUGUGACAGAAGCCGGAGAGGUCUUUGCCUGGGGAGACAACAAACUCUAUCAAACGGGCUGUGGCAAGCGACAAGCAGAGCGACUGGACCGUCCGGAGAGGGUUGCUGGUCUCCCCAGUGCUUGCCAAUGGGUGGCCACAGGACCCCAGGGAUCUUUCUUCAUCCUCGCAAGUGGAGAGGUCUUCGCGGCGGGAGUGAUCAAAAGCGGUCGCCUGGGGACAGGAUGGUCGAAGCGAACGUACCAGUUCUCCCCUGUCGCGGUCAUCACGCACUGGGCGGAUUUCGGCGACUUGAGGUACCCCGGCGAGAGUUCGCAACUUGCGCUCUGCGAGAACGGCGAGUUCCUCCCAGCCGCAGGCGCCGCUGGCGAGGAACUUGCCAAGUCAAAUCAAGAGUUGUCCGAGAAAACGAUUCAGACCUUUCUGUCGCGGCUCACGUUUGCGAGGUUCGAGGCCGGCGGAGAGGCAGCCGGAUACUACGGCCCUGGGGGGGGCGUCACCUGGAGAGACAUCCAGGACUUGAUUCAGCAAGAGGAGUUCCAGAAUCGCGUCGAGCAGAUCGCGCAGUUGGAAGACGACGUUAUUCUCGUCCUCGGCAGAGAACUGGACUUCGUGCUCUCGCUGGCCGACCGAGAGAAGGAACUCGAACAACUCGAAGGAACUUUCCAAAACCAGACCCUCUCCGUCGUGGGGAAACUCGAGUUCGACUAUCCGAGAAUCAUGUUGAAAAGGGCCUUGUCUGCAAUUUUAACCAAGCUGGAUGAAUUUCAGAAAAUGUUUUGGAUUCUGCAGCAGCAGCCUGCGUACUUGCUAAAACUCUUCGGCGCGAUAAAUCGACCGUGGCAACUGGAAGCUGUCACGGAGCUAGCAGAAAAGAUUUACUACGAGAUCGAAGACGACCGCGUCAAACAUUUGUUCGCCGCUUUGCUGAGAGGACUAGCCAAGCAGGAGGCGGAGAAGGCGGACUCUCUCUUCACCUGUUUCCAUGCAGAGACGUCAGCUCUGGUCCGUCUCCUCCGGAGUUUCUGCCUGCGAGACUUGAGUCUUCUCUUUGUCGCCCACUUUCUCUUCCAAACCACGAAUCCGAGCUCUCUGCCGUCGAUGCUCGGAACUCAGGAGAGCGUGGUCUUCUCACUGUCGCCGGAGGAAGUCAUGCAAAGAAAAGGUAUUUCUGCGACUUCCUCGAUGAGCAGAGCGUUGAAGGACGAAGUGCGCCGGGAGUUCCACCGAGGGCUCGACACGAUGAAGACGUUUCUGAUUUCUGGCCUGGGUCGAGGCUUUGCGAGCAUUCCCCUGCCUCCUGUGGUGCGGGCGGUUCUCCAAUACGCCACGCAGGCCGUCUACGAUCGCGGCUUUCUCGUCGACUACGAGUGGCUAAAGUACGGAAUGGACUUCUGCUACACGCUCCCAACUGUCAAGUUGCUUCUCCACGCUCUCGUCAUUCCUGUUUUUCAGGCUCCAAACGCCUACGCCAAUCGCUGUGGAUGUCCCUCGAUGGCGCCUCAUGUAGUGGAGAAAUUUCGUGCAUGCGGCCGUUUCCUGGAGUUCUGUGCGAAGCCGGCGGGGACGAACGAAGGCGAAGAAACGAUGUCGAGCGCCCUGAUGAUUCGCGCCAUUGGCAUGGAAGUCUGGGCGUCCAUCGCACAAGCUGUUCGCUUUCAAGCUGACUUCCGAGACACUCUCGACGUUGAUCUGACGCUGGACCUCUUUCGGGCGCCUUACGACUUGGAUGACCACUACGUGACGCUGCGCUCUGAAAUGCUCUGCACCGCGACGAAUUUGUGCAGAAAAUUCGAGCCUCAGCUGAACAUGUCAGCCCACGACCCUCUCGCUGCUCUCGUCAGACGAAUCUCUGAGGGCAGAAAUCCUCCCUUCGACGCGGAGCAGCUGGAGCAUUGCCGCGAAGAGGAAACUUGGCACACCUUCCGGAUGAAUCAUCGAUUCUUGAUCACAGAGAAGAACAUUGUCUUCGAUCCUAUCACGCAUGCGCCAGUUCCUCAGCUGUUUUCUUUCAGACAGCACGCUCAAAUCAAGGAAAACCACCGCCUCCUGUCGAUCAUCAUUCGUUACACCCCUCCGGAGACGUACGAUCCGCGGUUCGUCCUGCAGGAAGCGAUCCGGAAGUUACCGCCGGUCUUAACGGCGCGAGAUUGGCGGAAGCUGCACAGCGAAUUGGAGGCGCUUUCCGCGCAUUUUGCUGCGUGCGACCCGCCGGACUACGACCGCUGCAAAAUCACUGAACACGCAGCGCGAGUGGUAGAUGACAUGGUGCAGAGCAACAUCGACCAGCUCGCCGUCAUGCAGUGGAUCGCAGAAGGCAUUCUUGAUCGGAAGCAACACCGAAGCUACAUGCGUCACGUUUUGCGGCGACAAGAGGAGCUGUGCGCCAUGAAACGCAAGUACGAAGCCUCCAUGAAAAAGCGACUGGACGAUCUGAGAGAAGCCAUUGCUGCCCUCGAAUCUCUCGAGUACCCUGGACCGAUUCAGGUCCAAGCAAAGAGAAUGAACGUCCAGCUUUGGUUCAACACCAUCCGAGACAAAAUGAAGAACACCUCCAAAAAAAGCAAAGCCGGAUCGGCCUACUGCCCGUCUGCCACUUUCAAAUACGCCGUUCUCGUCGAUCGUGAGAUCAUCACGAAGUUGUCGCCGAGCGUGACUCCAGACGUGAUGGUGAAUCUGUUCGUCACGUUCACUCUUCGGAAAGACAACUCUUGGCAAGUUGUUUUUACGCACCGCGUUCAGAAGGUCGAGCAACUCGUAGCCGACUUUGUCAUUCCGAAGGAAGAGCUUCUCCACGUUCGCAGACUGCCGCCGCAGGCCACCUACGGCUUUCUGAAAUCUGCGUCAGAUCCGAACGGCUUUGUAGAAGUUAACGUUCUGCCCUUUCUCCAAGCGCUCGACCAAGUGGGGGGGCAGGAGGCCUAGGCCUCCACAGUAGAGCGCAUAAAACAGAAAGCCGGCGCAGCCACGCCAACUCGCAACUCCGUUUUCUUUCUGUUUCUGGAGUUUUUUUUCACUCGGAUGAGUUCGCGCCGUGUCCUUUCGUCGGGAACUCGUACUUCAGCUGCUCAGCGUAGUUUCUUGGCCAGACGCACAUGCAGCCGCGCUCGUAGGCAUCGUGUGCGCCGAGACGCAGUCGCCUGCAGGUAUAGAGUUCGCAGUUUACCGCUGCGCGACUGUAUCAUCGGCAGCUUCCGACGGCGCUGUAGAGCAGAGAAAACGGCGUCAUUUCCAGGCGAACGCAAAGGAGAAGUGAAAGUGAGUGGUAAUUCGCCGCGGACUCUGAAGUGCUAGGGAAGCCUAACAGAAAGGGUGGGGUGGAAUAAGGCUGCAGACGGCGAGGCACCGCCCGUGUGCCACCAAGGGUAUUCUCAUCUACUUUCGUGUGUGUGCAUGUUUUGAUAGUGCACUUGCCAUUUUGGAGGCUUGGUAACUUUUCGUGCAUUUGCGGAUACAUCUGUGUUGCUGCACAACCUGUUGCUUCCGGGAUUCCCCUCAACAAGAACAGUCGAAGGACAGGCAAACGUCCGCACCAGUGCACGCAGCUUAAAUGCAGCAGCUGCGUCGGACCUCUUCACGUGUCGAGAAAAAGUGGAUAAAGAAGCCGACCAAGUGCUGCUGAAAUCGAAAUUGGGGUGUCUCACGGAGCAGACAACCAAGUAGAAAAACAGACAACGUGCAGAAAGAAGUUCUGCAUUUGGCCGAAAAAUGCAUUUGAAAAGGACAAUCGUUACAUCCGCAGAGAGGGACUUCCCAACCCUCUGAACAUCUUCCUCUGCCUCCGACAGAAAACCGAGAACAGACAACGGCGAACAAGUCGGUAGAAGCCGUCUCAGACAGCAGAAAGCGACUUCUCACGAGAAAAAUUCAAAGAUUUUUU